GGGAGAGUAAAACAGACCGGUGGUGACAUAGACAGAUACAAGGAACGGAACAUUUACAACGAAAUUUUAACUGUGGAGGAGAAAGCACGUCUUUGUUGCUGAGUCUGUCUGGAGACGAGAGAGAAACAGUGAGAGAUGGAGAGCUAGAGGGGGGGCAGGCGACUUUCUCUGAAGUUGACGCCACUAUUUCGCCAGUUGCCUGCCGCAGGAAGAGCCUUUUAUUUUGGAUUUCACCAACGAGCGGAAAAUAUCAGUCCGCGUGCUCAUGAGGUAAAACUGAACUAAAGUUGAACCCCGGCGUCGUGUCAGUCGGUAAAUGUUGUGACAUUUUUUAGAGAGCUUAAAGUGCUCCAGCGGUCGACGGUCGGUCGAGUGGCGGGGUAAACCCCGUGCUGUCAAACCCGAUGACUACUGCAAAUUGCCCCGGGAAUGAGGAGCUGGACUUCAGACUGAUAUUCGGGGAGGACGGGCAGCAGCAGCCAUUAGGCCCCGCAGAUCUGGAGCCUGAUGACAACACAUCGUUUUACAUCCUAAAUGUGGGCCAGCCCCAGUCUAUGGUGACUAACCACCAGUCCAUCGGCGUGCCCCGUCAUGGCAUGCAGUCCCAUUCCCAGGUCAUCAGCACUUCUCCACGCUUUCAGCCCCUCAAACCAGGAUCUGAGCCUCCCAGCUAUGAGGCACACGACUCCAAGUAUGGCACCUCCCCCCUACUACCCUCUGCUCCUGUGGAGGCACCCAAGGCCUUUGAGUGCCCUAGUAUCCAGAUCACCUCGAUCUCCCCCAGCUGCCAGCAGGAGAUGGAUGGCAAUGAGGAAGAUCUGAGAACCAACGGACCUGAUGGGGACUACCAUGGUGAUAGACCCCUGUCCAGAGACCACCUGUAUUUACCUCUGGAUCACUCAUACCGGGACUCCUCGCUCAGCCCGAGCCCCUGUAGCAGCCUCUCGUCUCGGAGCUGGUUCUCUGACGCCUCCUCCUGUGAGUCGUUCUCACACGUGUAUGACGAUGUUGACUCAGAGCUAAAUGAAGCAGCUGCCCGCUUCACACUGGGCUCCCCUCAAACCAGUGGUGUUUUGGAGGAGCAGCCUCACUGGCAGCACCAUCACCCUACCUUUGUGCACCACUCGCACUCCAUCAGCCUCUCACCCCGACAGUCCCCUUGCCACUCGCCACGUACCAGCGUCACUGAUGAAAACUGGCUGAGCCCCAGACCACCUUCUAGACCUUCCUCACGGCCCACCUCACCGUGUGGGAAGAGGCGCCACUCCAGCGCUGAUAUCUGCUACUCAAGCUCAUUAUCUCCCCACCACUCACCUACACCUACACCAGGACCCUCACCCAGAGGCAGUGUGACAGAGGACACCUGGACUGGCAGUCCUUCUGUAAGCAUGUCACCUUUCCAGUGCUGCCCAUCUGAGGUUGACAUCCCAUCCAAGACAAGGAAGACCUCACAGGACAGAACAGCUAUGCAGACUGGGAAAGGGGAAAUGGGGCUGGAUGAUCAAGGAAACAUGUCUCCUAAUCUUGACUCACCGUCAGACGAGGCCUUACACAGCCUGAAGAAGGACGGGCCAGGGGAGCAGUUCCUCUCUGUUCCUUCUCACUUCUCAUGGAAUAAACCCAAGCCUGGUCACACACCUAUAUUCAGGACUUCCUCGCUGCCUCCCUUAGAUUGGCCACUGCCAAACCAGUUUGGACAGUAUGAGUUGAAAAUAGAGGUGCAACCAAAAGCACACCACAGGGCACACUAUGAGACUGAGGGCAGCCGAGGGGCUGUCAAGGCAUCAUCCGGAGGCCAUCCAAUCGUCAAGCUCACUGGCUACAGCGAAAAGCCCGUCAACCUACAGAUGUUCAUUGGAACAGCAGACGACCGUUACCUGAGGCCGCACGCCUUCUACCAGGUGCACCGGAUCACCGGGAAAACCGUAGCCACAGCCAGCCAAGAAAUCAUAGUUUCCAGCACCAAAGUUCUUGAAAUUCCUCUCCUGCCUGAGAACAACAUGUCAGCCAGUAUCGACUGUGCUGGCAUCCUCAAGCUGAGGAACUCUGAUAUUGAGCUACGGAAGGGGGAAACGGAUAUCGGAAGAAAGAACACACGGGUCCGCGUGGUGUUUAGGGUGCAUAUCCCUCAACCUAACGGGAAGGUGCUGUCGCUACAGGCCGCCUCUGUUCCUGUGGAGUGCUCCCAGCGUUCGGCUCAGGAGCUGCCCCAGGUGGAGAAAUCCAGCCUGACCAGCUGUCUGGUCAGUGGGGGAGAAGAGAUGAUCAUCACGGGCUCUAACUUCUUCCCAGAGUCCAAAGUCAUCUUCCUGGAGAAAGGCCCAGAUGGACGACCGCAGUGGGAAGUUGAAGCAAAAAUAAUUCGUGAGAAAUCUCAUGGAUCAUGCAUCAUGGUGGAGGUCCCUCCCUACCACAGUAAAACUGUGGGCUCAGCUGUGCAGGUGCAGUUUUAUGUCUGCAAUGGCAAAAGGAAAAGGAGCCAAUCACAACGCUUCACUUACCUUUCAGUCAUGGUGAAACAGGAGAACAGAGAUGAGAUGGAUCUUCCUGCAGUACCCCCAAUGUCCAUGCCCCUGGCUCAUGCUGCCAGUUUGGUGCGCACCCAGCUGCCUUCUCCUGAGCAGGGCCACCCAUCGGACAACCUUCUGUCCAGCUCCCCUCGCGGUCUGGCCACAGGCUCUGGGCCUGGCCUGCUACCCCUGCAGGCCCCCUGCCCCUCCCUGGGCUCCCCAUCUUUCCAGCACCUGCCUCACCUCCAGGGGCGCAGUUUGCAUCACCCCCCUGCAGACUGCCACAUGACGUUCCACCCAAGCUCUGCUCCUGCUCCUCUUCCUGCUCCUCCCCGGCCCUCUUACCAGCCUCUGCAGCACGGUCACAGUCACAGCCUGCCAUUCAAUGGCCAGUCCGGCCUGUCUCCUCAGGGCUACGAGCGUAUGCCCUUUCAGCAUAGCGCCGGUGCAGCACCACACCAAAUGGGGAUGGGGAUGAUGUACCCUUCUUCUCCUGGCUCUUCGCCAUCAGCACCCUCCUCCUCCAGCGCCAAUCCCAUUGUUGGGUCUCCCCAGAGCCAGCAACCCCUGCUCACCCCUUCAUCCCCUCACCUCCAUACACUCGGAGGCUUUCACCCAAACCCCAGCCAGGUGCCCUCUCCAGCAGGCCACCCACUGGUGGGGCAACACUCCACCCAGCUGCAGAGGGCUAUGGGCUACCACCCUGUAGGUCAAAGAUCAGCCUCCUGUCCAACCACGUCCACUGCUCCCCCACCACCACGAAUGAUUCCCUCUCCGCAUUCUGGGCCGUCCUCCCCUCAGCUCCACUCGCUGCCCUACCAGUCUCCCACUUCAUCCUCCCCCACCUCUGGAGGCAGUCCUCUGGGUCCUCCCCAACAGCAGCAUUCUGGACAGCCUUCACCCCAGGCUACGAGCCCAGUCAUGGCCAGCCUGUCCCCAGCUGCAGCAGGGUCAAUGGUUCACCCCCUGAGCCCACAGGGGCCAUUCCCAUCAGAAGGAGAGAGGCUGAACAUCAAACAAGAGCCUGAUGACAGGGAGCCCACGUUCCGCUCCAUCGGUCUGCAGGACAUCACGUUGGAUGAUGUCAAUGAAAUCAUCGGCAGAGACAUGUCCCAGACCCCCAGCACUCAUGGUCCUCCAUCAGCACACAGCCAGUCGUAGCUCAGCCUGCUCAGGCCCUGGUGAAGCCUUCUGAGUACCCAUACCACCUCCCCUCCUGCAGCUCCAGCCAUGACCCCAGGUCCAGGUUGUGGUCCUGUGUGCAGAGCAACAUGAUAGGGUGGAGGUGAAAAAGAGAUGGAGGUCAGAGACAGAAUAUACUCCAUGUGCAAGACCACCAGCCUGACAGUCUCAUCGUUCAUUUCUUCUGAUUCCUUGAAAAACUGCAGUGUUUCUCUUUUCAGAAACAAAGAAAGAAAAGUCACAACUUCAGAUAGAUGCAGCCGUGUUCAGGCUGACAUGUUUGACUGACUUUUGAAGCACCACUGUCUUCCUGAACGAUCAGCUCUCUGUGCAUCUGGAGCUCUAGCUUUUUGACUGACUUACUGUUAUGGAGACAAUACAGCAGUCUGUGUGCCGUCUCCUCUCUCACCAGCAAUGACAUUUAUUGAAUGAGGACAUUUUAAAAUGUAGAAAACAAAGAGAGACUUAGAAGUGCCCAGUGCUUUUGCAGGAUCUAAAUCUGGGAUUUUAAUGUUUGGUAGUGUUUUCUCAGGCGACUCUUUUUGUAAAACAUCAGGAUAGAAGGAUGCUUGAAAACAUUCUUGUUUUUUCCUUAGUGAGCAUCAGCAAAAGUGGCAUGAUGUGAGAUGAUGGGAGUGAAGAAAAGUUGGCUGUAGAAUGAUCUAACUAACUCAAAUCAGUUUUUCAAGUUAUGGAUCAGUCUGCUUGUGGCAUUAGUGAUGACGACUCUGUGCACUCCGUGUUCUUCUCCCUAUUUAAUGAUAAAAGCAUUCAGGUGUGGGGUGCAGGGCCCCUGCAGGGAGGAGAAGCUCCUCUGGCGCUGCAGCCUGCGACAUUCCACAACUUUAAGCAACCCUGCAGCCGUGUAGAUAUCUGUAUAUGAACAACCCUCUACUGUUUCCUUCUUCAAGCUAAACAAAUGCCUUAUCGACACUUAGAAAGCUUUGUGUAUUUUUUUGUUGUUUUGCACAGCUGGGUUUGGAUUUGAACGUUUUUUUUUUUUGUUGUUGUUUUUUUUUAACAGAUGUGCGACUGAUCUACAUUGAUCAGAUUUUUUAAGUGACUUCAGAUAGAGCAGGUAAGAAGGUUGUAGGGCUGAAUUAGCCCUCUUUAAUAUUUUCAUUUAAGGAGUUAUGAUGAUUCUUUUCAUGUCACAGAGUGAAGUUGUCACAAAAACAGAAUUUUGAACUUUGAUAUGCUACUAUGAUAUCAAUACCUGUUUUGAUACCACAGCAACAAAAAAAAACACAACCCUAAGGCCCUAAAAUGCAGGCUAACUCCUCAAUACUGUCUAAAUUGCACAAAAACAUUGUUGCUGUUUUGAGACCGAACAUUACCAGUGUUUGUGUGCAGGAGUUUAACUGCAUUGUUACAUUGGAAUCAUUCCUCUUCUAUGCACCAGAUUUUUUCCUCUUUAAUCAUAAGGUAUUAAAGAGGUAUCUAAGUAUUGUAAAUUCUGACAACAGAGAAGUGUUUCAGGACUCCACAGAGAUACUUCUUCUCUUAUGCAUAACUCCCCACAUUUUCCAGGGGCCCUUGUGUGCCUUUUUAUUCCCAGCAGAGAUUCAAAUCUGGCAAAAAUGUUCAGGCUUUCCCUUUACUGUAAUGAAACAAGUCAAUCAGUGUUUGCUGUUAACAAUCAGAGACUUUCCCUUAUUGUUUCCAGAAUGUCAUGACAGACAUGCAGUGCCUGUAAGGCAGCAAUACCACAGUUAGGACGACGAAUGAGUCUUUUUAGCAGGCUUCUGGUCAGGUCAGAUUAUGUGUAUGAGAAAAGACUGAUGGUGUGAAGAUUUGCAUCUGCUUCUUUUCCUUUCCUUUUUUUGCCUUAAGCUUGACAAUGAUGCUCCUGCACUGCUUGAGGAGUGUUGCAAAUGACAGUUUAAAGUCAGUUUCCAGGUGAAAUGAUUCUGCUAUGCAUUAAAAUUCUGCCUAAUGCCUUUAAAAAUGAGAAAAAAAAAAAGAAAAAAGACCUUGAUGCCUCUAGAAGUAGACUGUAGAGCUGAUUGAUUCUGUUAACAUCCUGGAGUUGUUCAUCAGCCAUUCUGCCUUGUUAAGGACGCGGUGCAAACAUCUGUAUGGGUUGAAAUGUGUGAGUACGGAUGGUGUUUGUACCAAAUAUGCUGGAAAGAUGACAGGAUUUGAAAUUUGUAUUUUCAACAGAAGCACACAUUUGUAUUUAGGCUAUGCAAGCUGAAAAGCAGUAAAUGUGAGACAUUAAAAAGAGAUUAUUACGUUUGUUCUAAUGUUUAUAAACUUCACAGAGCAGAAAGAAAAAAAAAAACUUCAGAUAGUGAGAGAAUCAUGUCACUUUGUAAACUAUUAGGAUGCCUUAACUCUUGUUUGAAAACCAGUUUGUCGGUGUGUCUGUAUGCUUUUCUGGGUUGUUUUUUUUUUCUUUCCAUGACAAAGGCGUACGUCAGAACUAUUAAUACUUUUCGUUUGUUUGUUUUUUGGGGGGGAGGCGCAGGGUGGGAGAAGGGAGAUGACUUUUUAAUAAAAAAAAGCCGCUUCUGCAGCUUGAAAGACUUGAGCGAUUAAGAAAAACAACAAAACCAGCAUCAAGAAGAAACUCUGGCUGCCGUCCUCUUCUGUCAACCAAAGACCGAACAAUCUGUUCCCCCUUUACGUUAAGGUGAAACUCCAGAGACUGUUCUGCUCUAUUUUUGAUACUUUAAAAUGGAUGUCAUUCCUUAAAGGUUGGGGACAUGAGUGUUGAAUAUGUAUUGAUAUUUUUAUAUCUAUAUAUAUUCAUACACACAUAUAUGUAUACACACAUCUAUAUAUAUGUUUUGUAAAAUAAAAGGGAAAUACAGGUUUAGCUGAUGUUUACCGAGCCUUGUAUUGUCAUUUCCUGUAUAUUUUGUAUGUUAAAAUUUUUGUAAUUUUUAAGACUGCAGUGCUUUUUGAAAUUAUUCAAAGGGAAUACCUUGCUUAUAUAACGUAGGCUCUAAAGUAGUGUAUAUCAAUAAAAAACAAAAAUCAC